AUGAGCGUCGAAGGAAGAAGUGGAGUUCAAGUCGUCGACAGUACCCUCGCCAGUGUUCGAGGGAAUAACAACACCACACACAUCGGAGACAACUACUAUCAGGAAUCAUCCAGCAAUGGCCUUGCAACGUUGUCGAGCCAGUUGCAUUUAGUGCUCUCCAUGAUUUGGAAGCUCGUUUUCCUCAACCCAAUGUUCUGGCUGGUACACGGGAAGGCAUUCUCCAGAGAAUCAGUGAUUGGAUCGAGGAUCGCUUGA